GUCACGUUUGCUCUGUUGCCGCCGCUAUGGAGGGCACUCUGCUCCCGCUGUUCGCCGUCCUGCUGUCCUCAUGGUCGGUGGUCGGAGACCCGGAGGGACCCCCUAAUGUCGACGGAGCCCCGCCUUCAAAAAUAGCGGUGGUUGGGGCGGGGAUAGGAGGCAGUGCCACGGCCCACUUCCUGCGGCAGCAUUUUGGCCCUGAGGUGCAGGUGGACGUGUUUGAAAAGGGUGAGGUCGGGGGUCGUCUCGCCACCGUCACCGUCAAUCACAAUGACUACGAGUCUGGAGGUUCCAUCAUUCACUCCCUCAACCUCCACAUGCAGGAGUUUGUCAAGCAGCUCGGUUUGAAGUAUCGUCGCAGCGUGGCGGGAAAGACUGCGGUCUUUAACGGCAAGGAGGUGAUUCUAGAGGAGACAGACUGGUACCUGCUGGACUUGUUCCGUCUGUGGUGGCGCUAUGGCAUCAGCUUCAUACGGCUGCAGAUGUGGGUGGAGGAAAUUAUGGAGAAAUUCAUGAGGAUAUACAAGUACCAGGCCCACGGCUACGCCUUCAGCUCUGUGGAGGAGCUGCUGGACUCCCUCGGGGGGAGUGGCUUCAUCAACAUGACCCGGAGGCCACUCUCUGAUUCGCUGCUGGAGCUGGGUGUGUCGCAGCGCUUCAUCGACGAGGUCAUCGCACCCGUCAUGAGGGUCAACUAUGGACAGAAUGUCAGCAUCCCUGCCUUCAUAGGCGCUGUGUCUUUAGCUGGUGCCCAGAACAACCUGUGGGCGGUGGAAGGAGGCAACAAGCUGGUGUGUUCUGGUCUGCUGAAGAUAGCCAACGCUAACCUGCGCCAAGCACAAGUCAACGCCAUCUCCCCCAUCCAGUCAGGGGAGGCGCUCCAGUACCAGCUGAGCUUCACCACAGCAGCAGGGACGGGAUCAGAGCUGUAUGAUAUUGUAGUGUUGGCGACGCCGCUUCAGGCCAGUGUCGGGUCUGGGGUCCAGUUCCAAGGUUUCACACCUCCCUUUGACCAGCUCCCCGGCAACUAUCACAGCACAGUCGCAACAAUUGUCCAUGGUUACCUCAACACCUCUUUUUUUGGCUUCUCGGACCCCCGCCUGUUUCCCUUUGCCAGCAUCUUGACAACUGAGACACCCGACCUGUUCUUCAACAGCGUGGCUAGUGUUUGUCCCGUCAACAUCUCGGCGGGCUUCCGGCGUAAGCAGCCACAAGAGGCUGGAGUCUAUAAAGUGUUCUCACCACAGCCUCUGGACAAGUCUCAGCUCAAAACACUCUUCAGGUCGUACUACUCGGUGCAGGUGACCGAAUGGCAGCCCUACUCUCAUUACGGCAGCAGUCAGGGUCUGCCACCUGUGGAGCUCCACCCCAAUCUCUACUACCUCAAUGGUAUCGAGUGGGCCGGCAGCGCCAUGGAGAUGAGCUCAGUGGCUGCCAAGAACAUCGCCCUGCUGGCUUACCACCGCUGGAACAGACAGACGGACAUGGUGGACCAGAGAGAUCUGAUGCACAGGAUCAAGACUGAGUUAUGACCUCAUCCCCUGAAAGCGAAGACACACCUCAGCAAAGAUACCGAUCAGUGUUGGUGGAAGGAGGGAGAGAGAUGGUUUCUGGGUAAUUGUAGCUCUUAUAGCACACGUCUUCAUGGGUCCACUCGGUUGUGAGGAACUGAGACCCUGAGACUCUGUCUAAUCAGGUCAGGUAGGGUUUCAUUUUACUAUUCCAAGUCUCUGUUCUUUGUGUCAAUAUGUCCAAUACCCGAGUGGAUCCGAUUGGACCCUAGUGUGUGUGUCAGCUCACACACACAGCGGGAAAACACUGUGCGUUUUGAGGCGAGAAGCAGAGCGAGAAGUGUGAACUUGAGUUAUUUCAGUGGUGAUCAUCAUCUUACUGAACUCAUGUCAUAUAUUAUUCAAACAUUGUUUGUUCAGAUUUUUUCUUUGAAAUGGAAAUAAACCAAAUCAGACAAGGAUGCAGUUCAUCCUGCAGCAUUGUUCUGAGCUGGGAACUGAAGCCAAGCUUAUUGUAGGAAAAUCAGUUGUAUGUAUGAUUUAUGCCAUUAAAUUACAUGUUUUUGGCAUUUGAUUCACAGAAAACACACAGGUUAGUGUUUUCUCCACCCACAAAAUGUUUUGAACAUGUACAGAAUAUUUUAUUGUUGGUGGACGAGGUACAAGUAGGACUUUCAGUUAUUUAUACAAUUUUGUCUUUGAGGCAUAUAAAACAUCAGUUUCUACUAUUAUUAUUAUUAUUAUUAUUAUUAUUAUUAUUAUUAUCAUUAUUCCACCACAGCCACUUUUUAAAUUAUCCAAUUAGUUGAUAGUGCAUCAUGCUGCGGCCAGGGCUGUUUUUUUCUUGCUGUUAGAAUCUGUUCGGGUCGACUCUAUUUUCAGUUCUCGUAAAAUUAAAUUAUGCAUGUUGGAUAGGUCUUUCCUUUUUGUUUGUUUUGGAUUGGUCCCAAAAAUUUGGACCUGUGAAUGCCUCUGUCACAAAACUGAUCUACACACUCUUUAGUCUUAAGUCUUACCUAAACAUUGAGUUUAUCUCUUGCUGAAUUUUUGAGCCAGGAAAUGUCCAUAAUAGGACACUAACUUGUAAGGAGUAAAUCUCCUGUUGGAAAGUGCAUUUAGAGACUCGUCCAAGUAAUAUAUUACUUUUGUUACAUUCAUCUAUUAUACUGAAUCAGUGAUGAAUAUUUUGUUAAAUAAAAACAGAAAAACAAGUUAAUAUCAAACUCAAAUCAAAACUAAAACUCCGUUUAAUCGCACCACUAAAGACGGCUGGUGCUGGAACUGUCCAGAGGCCAGUUUGAUUUUGCUGAUGGCUUCGUUCUCUGUGUCUGUGACACAGCAGAUAUUUGAGACAUGUUGCAGUAUUGGUUGGGGAUUGAUUGUUGAUACUAAUUGGUGGUUUCAUCCAAAAAAUUCAGCCGCAGGCAGCUUUUCUUUGCCAAAACAUUAGGAAACCAAGCAACCAUGGAAAACACCAGCUGAUAUUUAUCUCAGUAGAAAGUGAAUGGGCUUUAGGGAGAUGGUUUUGUUGAAUUGCUGGUGCUCUGUGUAAAUAAAUAUUCCUGUGGCCAAAACACUUUGACACUCAUAGGUUCAAGAUUGAGAGCAUGAAUGGGACACUUUGAAAUGGCUGCUUUUUAUGUCUGUACUGUAGCAGCUGUGAGGCAUGAGACAGAUCAUUGCAGUCACUGAUUUAACUUUACCAUGAGGCACAUAAACCAGCAGUCUGAUCAAAAACAACUACAAAUUUAAGGACUGUUAAUGGACUUGCUGUUGGCACUAAGGAGCUCUCAUUAAUGUAAUUUCAGAAGGAUUUUUGUAAAUUAAUAAAAUCAUUAUUCAGUGACUCAUGGUAGUGGCCACUGGUGCUAUGCUCUAUUGCCUCUUUCAUCAGACUAUUUCAUUAUCCCCUCUUCCUGCUGCUUUUGUGUUGCGUAAUCCAGUGGAAACCAUUUUUUUUUCAGGGGAAUGGAGCCAACAAGUUUUCACACUGGAACAAAUAAAAUCAGGACAGAUCUGUGGAGCUGCUGGUGGUCACAAUGACACUUUUUCCCUUUUCUCUCAAGCCCUAAAGCCUCAUUGAUAUUCAUCUUUUUCUAAUAAGUACUAUAAUCUUGGAAAAACACAUGAACAUUCAUCUUCCAGCAAUGGAAAGUUCUAAAGAAGAUGUGGUGAUACGAUAAGAAACCACUGACUGUUGUUUAUCUUCAAAAGACUUUGUGAAAUGCCUUCCUUUAUUAAUUUUUGAUUUAUAACAGUGGGUUUGGACGUCACCUAACUAUUGUCAAAUGAAAACCUUGUGACUCCAAAGGGCUUCAGUUGAUGGAUGUGAUUGUGGCAUGCAAUGUGAAAAUGCUGCAACCCUUUAAUCUGAUGAAAUUGUUUCAAAACCCUGUGAUGGUGUUGGGAAUGAUGGUGGUCGAGCUGAAAUGAAGGCCGUUUAUCUUUCGUUCUGAACAGCUGACUUCUCUGAAAUUCAAGGUUUUCACUCUGCAGCGGCUUCUGUAGAUAAAACAGUCAGAUAUUUUAUAGCAAUAGUAGCUAAUGUGAUGAUGUAGAAGAAAUACACAAUGCAAAUAUACACAAAGAGCAUUAAUGGAACCUACUUAUCAAACGAUCCCAAUUCAAGGUCCACUUACUAGCUGUUUUUCAACUUUUAGCAGUCUUUGUCAUCAGGAGUUUGCUCAGUUGUCAUGAGCAACAUGAUCUGUUGACAUGAUUUCUACCAUAGCACUUUUAAGACUUCUCAUCUGUGUCGGCUUAAAGAUUAAGCAUGAUGAAAACUGUGUGAUAUUAUUGAAAUUUUCUGAAAAACUUAAGUAGGUACACUUUUAGUUGGGAUUGUUUUCUAAAACCUACUAUUCCCAAGGUCAGAAUGAACUUUCAUGCUUAAUGUUGUGGAUUUUUUAGUAAAAGUAGAGGAAGUACGGCAGGUCAGCAGGUUAGCAGUGUCCCGUCAACACCGCAAGGUCCUCGGUUCAAACCUGCCAGCUGGCUGGGGCCUUUCUGAGUUUUCUCUUGGUACUCCGGCUUCCUCCCACAAUCCAAAGACAUACGCAAUAGGUUAAUUGGCAAAUCUAAAUUGCCAGGAGGUGUCUAUGACAUAUAACAUAGCCCUGUGAUACCCUCGCCCAAUGUGCUUGAAUUGUUCACUGCUGUUUCUAUUAAGAAACAGGAGUACAGUAUUUUGUGAUAGGACAGAUUCCCACAGUGUGAAUGUUCAUUCUUGACCUUAAAAAUAGUAGUUUGACAAAUAAUUUUAACUCAAGGUCCCAUCUACUACUUGGCUUUUUGCAGGGAUUUCAGCUGCAUCUCUGUAGUUAAACACAUUCAGUUUGACUGUACAAACAGCUUUCUGCGUAGGUAUGGCAUGUAGUGAAAUAUUUCAUCUUCCUGAUGAAUGUAAUAAUGCAGCUGUUUAUAAUGAAUGAUGUGCAUUACUCUGAAAAUAAAACAUUUUAAUGGUUUGCCAGGAAUAUUGUUUCUAAAAAGUCCACUUGUCAACCUCUCCGAUAACAACUGAACAGAAGAAAAUUUACCGAUUGAAAACUGAGUUCUGAGCAUUUUUUUUUAUUUUGUAUUUAUUGGCAGCCAUGGGAUUUACAGCAAGAGAAUUAUAGAUAUUCUACACAUUUUAGCCCUGUUUUGAAAAUUAUGUUGAAGAAAAAAAUAAACACGAAUACAUUUUAAAAAGAGACAAAGAAGAAGAAAAACAAAAAAAAGGAGAAAAAAAUCCAAAUUCACAGCACAGUUUUCAUUAACAUUGCAUCGUUAAGAGUACCAUCUCUAUUGUCAGACAAGUCUUUUAUUAUUUCUUUUUUUGUACAUUAAGACCCACUUUAAUUCAUUAUAUUGAUAAAAAUCAUCAAUCAUAAUAACUAAAAUCUAGAUUUUUGACUUAAAUAAGAAGGAGAGGGGACAGAGCAAAUAAAAACAAACAGGAACAAUGAAUAAAGUUGCUCCCCAGUUGGCCAUAUUUCUUCUUUCUCUCUUCAUUGUUGUUACCAAACAGAACUAUUUACAAACAGUUGUAAGGAACAGUAAUAUGCACGAGUUUCCAGCAGAGGUUCCAAAAGGUUAACACGUAACACAUCAUCAUCUUGUGAACCCUGCAUGAAAGUCAUGAAAAACUUUACUGUAAUAAUAACAAUCCUAAUAAACAAACACAAGGGAAUUGGGGGAUGCACUGAAUUCACUACAAGACUCAUUUCACUAGAUGAUCACAAAUUCUGGCAGAGCUCUGCAUGCUGUUUGACGUGUGUUUGAUCUGUUUACUCAGGGACUGAGACCAGUGCAGUGGAAACCUGUUGGUUUAGAUAGAUAGAUGGAUAGAUGGAUAGAUGGAUAGACAGAUGGAUGGAUGGAUAGAUGGAUGGAUGGAUGCAGGAUGAAGGUGGUGCGUUACUCUGAAUGUUCCUCAGUAUCUUGUGAUGUUAUUGUGUUCACUUGGAGCUUUUAUACUCAUCCAGCUUUCAUGUGUUUCUCCUGAGUAAUACUGAAACUGAAAGAGUAAUAAUGUUCUAGGAUCUCUUUCUUUCUCUGUACCAUUUUUUUGUCUGAAAGCUUCAACUCCGAACACAACUAUAUUCAUGGAUAUAUAUAAUAAAUUAUUUAUUUAUUUCA